UUACAAAUACAGUUCUUGAAAUAUUUAUUAUAUAUAUAACAAAAUUGAAGAGAUGCAAAAAGUGACGUACAAGAAAAUCAUGAUUAUUCUCGUUAUAUACAAUAUUAUAUUUGAAUACAAUUUUCGAAAAAAAAGAAAUUCCAAAAUAAUUAUUUAUACAAAAUUCACGUCGAGUCGUGUUUGUCCUAUGCACUCUUACGAAAUGUUUGACCAAUAUCACUGGAAUUGAUCGAGCCUUUAGACCCCCUUGGAGAAACCUACAUCAAUCAUAGCUACGUCUACUGCGGAGUUCAGGUUCGUCGUAUGCCCUCGAGAGAGAAAACUACGUGACUUUUUCUGCCACGCUGCUCUUGCGUAGUACCUUCCUUCUCGUUCUCUUUCUUACCAAUAAUAUUUCUAACAAUAAAUAUCAUAAGACGGACGAACGUGGACGUCAGAAUGUUUGCACUUGUUGGCGGAGUGGAUGCGUGGGUAUCCGCGUCAGGUGAACGAAUUCCCCAUACAAUCCGCCUAAUUCUUCGACCGCGACGGAGAUGGCCCAUGGGAGUUUCGAAUGGCGAACAUAAAUACCAGAAGAGGACUCGGCCUUCUGCCAUUCCAGCCGAGGAAGUCGCGAACGCUGGAUAUUCAUCAACAGGUGAACGCCGCAACAGCAAUGAAGAAGAUAUUGUUGGCCACUUUAUUAUCAAUAGUAAUGUCCGAAAAUAUUCUAAUGGAGAAUUAUCUGACAAUGAAACCAAAAACAGUAUGGAUUCGCGGCAAGCAAUUUGGGAAUAAAAAAAUAAAGCGAGCAGCACUGAACGAAAUUUCUUCCGAAGUAGAAGAAUUCUCAAAUUACGACGACGAAAGACAAUUUCCUCGAAUUUCAAAAACACGGUUUAUUAGCGAUUCCGAGAAAUUGCCCUCGCAAACGAUUAUGAGGCCGCCUGAUUUGGCGCUGCUUCCACAAGUCAAACUUUUACCUUCCGAUAAAUCAAAACUUGAUAGUGUCAAACCAUCAGUCUUGAUUUCCAUUGGCAUUCAAGAAGGGGAAAACAUCAAUGAUAAUUCGCAAAAAGAUUGCUCGAGAAUAAAGAAUCAUCGUAAGCAGAAUCAUCGUUGGCAGAUUCAACAACCGUUUUAUGUAGAGGAACCAAGAUGGAUUAAUAUCUAUCCCGACACAGGUUCAUCUGAGCAUCUAAAUAAUGUCGAUCCUUACAUAUUGUCGAGAGGAAAGAAAAUUUGGGAUACAGAACAAGCGAAAAAGACAGUCGAAGAUUACGAAGAUUUUCCCAACAAUUAUCCAAGCAGAAACAAAAGAUCGUCAACGAAAAGUCGAGACAGGAGAUCUGUCGUAAUGAGUGAAAAAUCUCAUAAUAAUACAUUCAAUGACAACCAGGAAAAUCAGAAAAAAGAAAUGAAUUAUUAUAAUUUUCUCCAAGAUACAGACUUAAAUAAUACAAUGACAAAAAAUCAGAAUAAAAAAUCUUAUCAAAUUGACAAAAUGUCUGAAGAUAGACAGAGUGAGAAAGAUGUUACAAGUUUUAUUCAUAAUAUCUUAAUAGAAAAAUAUCAAAAAAAUAAAAUAGAAAAUGUGACGGAAAGAUCACCAUACAAAUUCAAGUUUAGAAAGCAAAAUCAAAUCUCCGCUAUUGAUGAAAAAAUUAUAAAUUUUGUUGAAAGCAUAAAGCGCGAAGAUAUAUUCAAUCAUAUUAAAAACAACAGCAAAAUCGCAGAAAUUAAUCAAAAUAAAAAAUUUAAUAAUCGGGAGAGCUUUUUUGCUAUUAACAUGAAUAAGAGAAAUAAAAGAUCAAUAUUAUUGAAAAAUAAAAAUUUCUCUGAAGUAUAUACAAAAUAUAAGAAAAUCGAUACGAGUUUCGAAAAAAAUAUUAAGAAAAAUGAAAUAGAUAUGUACGAGCAGAAGAAUAAUACUGACAAGCUAAAUGAUUUAGAUAUGUACAAUGAUGAUAUUUUUAUCUUAGCUAGCAUAAAAAAUCUGCUUGACAAUAGAACAAAGAACUUAAAUGAAAAAGAUAUAGAUCAUAACAAACCUAUCGAACGCCCAUGGAAAAUUCAAUAUUAUGCAGAUGGUGAAAAAUUGGAAAGCGAGGAGGAACCAAGAAAUGAGAAAAACCAGCCAGAAAUUAAUAAUACUGACAUCAAAUUAACAGAUUCGCAAUUAACAAACAAGUCUGAUUCGGAAAGUUCCAAAAUAAAGAAUUAUUUCAAUCAUCGGAAAAAGCGUGCUUGCAAGAACUGCAAGAUUGAACUGCAGCUUCAGGAUGAAUGGUUGAAGGAUAUCGAGAGAGAAUUUCAAGACACAACGUCUUUAAACCGAAGAAACAAGCAUAGCGAUAUUCUGAAGGACUUAUCGCUGUUUAAGUCUUACAUUAUUUCCCGAGGUAAGAAAGCAUCGCACGAAUAUGAGAACGGUAUCUAUUCGACGUCGCAAUCACGAAACAUUGAAGUGACAAAUUUUGACGACCCGGAAGCACUCCAGGGAAUAUUAUUAAUGGAAAUGUCCAGGUGCAAUAAUUGCGACAUGAAUCAUUUAUCGAACAAGCGAUCGUCAAAAGAUCGACGCGGUUUGCUCGAUGAAAUCUUAACAGCAUAUGAUCCAUACUACGUGGUCAGAGGAAAACGGAUAAAUCUAGAUAAACUUUUGACCAAAAUACGAAAUCAGAAGAACGCCUCAUUAGGUGGAGAACAGUAGACCUUGUGCGUAAACACGUUAUACGAAAACAUAAUUACUGACGAUGAUGCUCGAUGAGAAAAACAAAUAAGAUAUUUCAAAUAUUUCUCAUCAUAGAUACUUGAUUUGAUCGCAAAUCGCAAAUACGGCAAUCUGCGUAUUAUUUUCCAAAUAACACAUGUAUAUUAAAGCAUUAUGAAUUAUAAGACAUAUUUCUUAGUAGUAAAAAUGAAAUUAUCGAAAAGAAAUUAUGUAAUCUUAAAGCUUUCAAAAUGCAAAACUUAAGAAAUAGAUGUGAAGCUCAGAAAA